AUGUCUGCCAGGAGCUCCCCUAUAAGACCUUUUCCUUUUGUAUCGCAUGGAACUUGCCUUGCACCGUUAUCGUCUUCUUCAUCGAAUCUCAAUUUACCCGUCACUAGCCUCGCCUCGCCUCGCCUGCGGAGUCCUGACGAUGAACCAAUUCGAAUCGCCUUUGCCUCUUCCAUGCCUCGGAAUUUAAUCCUGAGACGAAUCUCUCCAAACAGAAUUCAAGAUCCACGGUCGUUUAGAUUUAACAGCAACAUCAUGAAACACAUGGAAACGAAGAACGAUCGGCCGCCACAAGAACAAUCGACGAAGGUUAAGGAAGAGGAGAAAGAGCCGAAGAAAGUGCCUCCGCCUCCGGAGAAGCCGUUGCCCGGCGAUUGUUGCGGAAGCGGUUGUGUGCGGUGCGUUUGGGAUGUGUAUUACGAUGAGCUCGAGGAGUAUAACAAGCUCUAUAAAACUGGAUCCAAUAAGCCCGAAUCUGACCCGUCUUGAAUCUUGAUUGAUUGUUUUGUUUCUGAUUUACAGAUCUGUAUUUUGAAGGAUUGGAUUAUUUUCUGAUUUUUCUUUCAGGAUUAGUCGCUUGUGGCAUGAAUUAAUGGCGAAAUAAAAAAAAAUCCAAAUUAUUAUUUUUGCUUUAA